CGUGUUUUUAGCAUGGCCUCAGUAGCAGCCAAACGCGAGGGGCCGCAGUUCAUCAGCGAGGCGGCCGUCAGAGGAAACAAUGCUGUGCUCGACUACUGCCGCACGUCCGUGUCCGCGCUCUCCGGGGCGACAGCGGGCAUCCUCGGCCUAACCGGACUCUACGGCUUCGUCUUUUAUUUCCUUGCUUCUUUCCUGCUGUCACUGCUGCUGAUUCUCAAAGCCGGUCGCCGGUGGAACAAGUGCUUCAAAUCUCGACGUCUGCUCUUUACCGGGGGCCUCGUGGGCGGCCUGUUUACUUACGUGUUGUUCUGGACUUUCCUCUACGGAAUGGUGCAUGUAUAUUAAAGGGACUCGGACAGUACAGAUGUAGAAAGAUGAUAGAGAAGCCUCAGGGUAGAGAGUGCUGAUUGAUGUACCACAGGUUUUGUCUGUGAGCUUACUUAUGUUUAGCCAGUAAAGCUUAAAAUUGUUUCUGAGUACUAAUUGCACUGAAAUUUAGAUAUUUAAAAAUGGUGUGUCGUCAUAUUCUAUCCUCUUGUAAUUUAAUAUUUCCCUAAUGCUAAUUCCAGGGCAAAGCUGGGUUUGGAUCUUGUAUGACAGCCCAACAGGGAAACUAAUUUGUUUUUAUCUUGCUUUCUGUGUAUGAUGUGCAACACUCACCAAUCAGAACUAUUUUAAAACACAAUAACAACUUAAACUGUAUAAAUCACAUUGUUUUAUUUCAGAUAAUAAAUCAUUCACCUCAUGGA